CCUUUUCCCGUCUCUCUCUCUCUCUUUUUGCAACGGAUUUUAGCCAGUGCAGAAGUUCUGCUGGCAAAUCAUUUGGAAACAGGGCGCAGAAAAAACUUUUGGCGGUUCAAGGACACCUUUACCUAUUGCAGACUCUCUCCAUCUGGUACACCUUUGAGCUAGAAUCGCUUGUUGCUAUGGCAGCAGGGAGACAUGUGAUGAGAGCUGUCAGAGUGGUUCAGUUUGGUGGACCUGAAGUGCUUAAGCUGCAAACAGAUGUCUCAUUGCCAGUUCCAAAAGAAAACCAGGUUCUCAUUAAAGUGCACGCGUGUGGCAUCAAUCCAGUGGAUACUUAUAUUCGUUCUGGGACAUAUUCUAGAAAGCCAGCUUUACCCUACACACCCGGUUUAGAUGUGGCUGGGCUUGUACAAGACGUUGGGGAACACGUAACUGAUUUCAAGAAAGGAGACAGGGUUUUUACCCUUGGUACCAUUUCUGGAGGCUAUGCAGAGUAUGCUGUUGCAUCCGUUGACACAGUCUUUGCCUUGUCUGAUAAACUGGACUUCAAGCAAGGUGCUGCAAUUGGAAUCCCAUAUUUUACUGCAUACCACGCUCUGUUUCAAAAAGGGUCUGCCAAAGCAGGAGAAACUGUGCUAAUCCAUGGAGCUAGUGGAGGGGUAGGAAUAGCUACCUGCCAGAUUGCAAGAGCUUGUGGCUUGAAGGUUUUGGGCACAGCUGGAACGGAGGAUGGGAUGAAUCUGGUUUUGAGAAAUGGAGCUCACAAAGUAUUUAAUCACAGGAAGGAGGACUACAUCACUCAGAUUAAGGAAACAGCUGGUGCCCAUGGCAUAGAUAUAAUCAUAGAGAUGUUGGCCAAUGUCAACCUUGCCAAUGACUUGCAGCUGUUGUCAAAUGGAGGAAGAGUGAUGAUUGUGGGUAGUCGAGGUCCCAUUGAGAUAAAUCCUAGAGAUACUAUGCUGAAAGAAUCAAGUAUAAGAGGACUUUCUUUGUUUUCUGCAUCUAAGGAGGAGAUGCGUGAAUGUGCAGCAUUCCUUCUGGCAGGUAUAGAAGCCGGUUGGUUGAAUCCAGUUGUGGGUCCUGAAUACCCAAUAGAGAAGGUGGCAGAGGCUCAUAAGGACAUAAUCCACAGCCAUGGUGCCCUGGGGAAGAUGGUGCUGCUCCCACGUUAAAUUGUGUUAAGUGCAUAUGGAAUAAUCAGAUAAAUGCUGGUCACAUGUCUAGAGCUAAUGAAGAAAAUACGAUUCCAGUGUAACAGGUGAUGAGCAGAAUUUGAGACAAGAUACACUUAACUUUAAAGUGCUUAAUGUUUCAUAAUUUUUGCUUGCACUAAACACUGUGCUAUUCAAUCCUCUAUGAAUAUGACAGAUUCCUAUUCUGCAUCUCUAUAGUGCUGCCGUUUUUCCUGUGAAAAAGCUGAAUGUGCAUUAUACUGACCAAUGUGUUCAUGCAUACUGAUGUUGUGCUCCAGAAUCCCCUUCCUUCAAAAUCAAAACAAAUACAAGACACACACACCUUUA